CACCCUGUUACACUCUUUUAACAGGUAUAACACGCUUAGAGGACCGGUUGCCAAUAUAAGGCCAAUAUAAAGGCCUUCAGUCAAUAGAUGAUGCUCCCCAGUGUGAACCAAUCUUUCGUCAGUUAGAAAAGACUGUUGGGAAAACAAUCGAAUCAGUUUACAUUUGGUAUUGAUCGAAGAAUGGCUGGCUCCUUGAUCUUGUGGCUCCUCGCAGUCGUGGCUGCCAGCCAGGGAGCAAAUAUUCUGGGUAUCUACAGUGCCCUCAGUCCCUCGCAUCUUAUUAUUCACAUGGCGACGGCCAAUGCUCUGGCCGAAGCAGGACAUAAUGUGACUGUGGUGUCGAUGCUUCGGCCCGAGCAGAUGCACAAGGAUAUACAUCUGAUUCUGGUGCCAGUGACAAAGGAACAAGAACGCACUCUAGUAAGCGAAAUGUCCAGUAUGGCCAAGAGUAAGAACGACGUCAUAAGUACUAGGUAUCUCCUCUUAAAUGAACUGGAUGUGAUGGUCGAUUCCCAGGCUGAUCUGCUCUCCGAUCCGAGAUUCCUGCGCGUUUACGACACUAAAUUCGAUUUGAUGAUAUUGGGCUUCUUCUACAACGACUUCCAGUUGGGAGUUGCCGCCAAGCUGAAGGUUCCGGUAAUUAUAGACUGGAUGACACCGACCAACACGAUGAUUGAUCAGUUUGUAGCGAAUCCCUCAGAGAUUUCGUACGUACCUAAUGAAUCCACUUUUGCAACUCAACCCAUGUCCUUUCUUAAACGGGCUGAGAACAUGGUCAAACAUGUGAUUCUCCAGUACUUGACGAUACUAUUCGAUUACAAAGUUACCCGAAUUUAUAACAAAAUCUUUUUCGAAAAAGAUUUCCCCUCCCUAAGUGAGAUGAGAAGGAAUAUUUCCCUGGCCUUUGUCGGCUCCCAUAUGAUCAGGGACGGUAAAGUCAGACCUCUGGUGCCCGCUAUAAUUGAGAUUGGCGGCAUUCAGGUGAAGGAGCAGCCAGAUCCAUUGCCCGAGGAUAUUGAUCAGUUUUUAGAUAGGUCUACCCAGGGAGCCAUCUUUGUCUCAUUUGGCUCGAACAUCAAAAGCGUUAUGGUGAAGCCAGAAAUUGUCGGGAAAAUGUUUAAAGUCCUAUCCGGCUUGAAGGAAAACGUUAUCUGGAAGUGGGAGGACUUGCUGAACACCCCUGGAAACGCCUCCAACAUUCUAUAUAAGAGCUGGCUGCCCCAAGAUGACAUCCUGGCGCAUCGCAAUACCAAACUCUUUGUCACACAUGCCGGAAAGAACAGCAUCACCGAAUCACAGUACCAUGGCGUACCCAUGGUGGCCCUGCCCAUUUUCGGAGAUCAUCCCUUGAACGCGGACGUAAUGGUCAAGUUGGGAAAUGGUGUGGCCCUCGAACUUCAGGCUAUUACAGAAGACAGUUUCCGGAGAGCCAUCAAGGAAGUGCUGGAGAACGCUAAGUACAGCCAGGCUGUUCAGAAAUUCUCCGCCCUGUACAGAGAUCGACCCCUUACUCCAAGGCAGACGGUUGUGUACUGGACGAACUACGUCCUGAGACAUCAUGGCGCCCCACAUUUACAGAGUCCUGCGGUGCACAUGAGUUUUAUUGAGCUUCACAACCUCGAUAUCUAUACUCUUAUUCUAACCAUUGUGCUCUUCAUAUUUCAUCUUACUCGUCGUAUUGCAAAUUUCGCGCUGAGCAAGGUGCCUGGAAAAACAAAUGUAUUAGGCUCCAAAAAGGAACAAUGAA